AUGAAUUGCUCCGCCUUCGUCCGUCGACUGCAAAGUAGCAGCAGCAGCAGCAGCGGCAGUUCGAACAUCGCCGUCCGGUUUUGCUCCGGCUUGCCCAGCAAGAGCAUCCUCGCCCCGGCGGUCCCGCCUUGUCCCAGCUUUCGGAGAGAUCCAAUGCCAGCGGUAGCUCGGGGCCUCCCGUGUGCAGCUCGGGAGUUCUCGUCUCGUGCGGAGGCGAUAACGACAACCAGGCUGACGGUUGAGGGAGGAGCCAUGACCGUCCCGUUGCCCCUUCCAGGAUUGGCCGGGCUAACCGAUGUCAGUGUGUCAUUGGAUACGACGGUCCGGGAGUUCGUGAGUGAGCUCAUGGCCCGGGACAAGAGCCUUACAGGCGUAGACGUCGCGAACGCCGAUGGCAACAAGGUCGCGGCGUGCACUUCCAUGGCCGACAUCGCCACACGCGGCCUGCUCGUCUCUCUGGGGGGCAGAUCGCGUAUUCGUGUCUUGAGCAGCGGGGGCGGCGAUCACCAUGCCACGGAAGUACCCGAACCGGAGGUCUACACGCUCAUCCAGGCAGAGGUCGUCCAAGCCGGGCGAGUGACCCUAACAAGGGAUAGCUUGGACGAACUUUGCGCCAAGAUGUACCGGAAAGGUAACCCAGAGAAAGUGACGACGACACUCGAUCCGAUGCUCGCGGACGGUUGGCUAAACGCCUUGGUCGAAGACGGCUUGGUGUUCACCGCUGACAAGGGGCGAAUGGUCCUCUUGAACCCAUCCGGGCCCGGAGUGAGUGACGAGAUCGCACGCGCGCUGCGCAAGGACGACCAGUUAAUCGAUCUCAAGGUGUCCGCGCUUCGUCAACAGCUUAACGCGCUGUAUUCGGAGGAUGCGCGGCUGCAAGGGAUCAGGGAUAUUCUCAUUGCAAAGGCCCAGCGGCAGGUUACCCUCAAGAAGGGGGCUGUUCUCGCGUUCAUGACAGCGCAGUUCGGCACCUUAGCCUACUGCGUUUAUGAGGUGUACAGCUGGGACGUUAUGGAGCCGGCAACGUACUUCCUCAUGCUGUCCUACUCGGUCGGAUCAAGCCUGUACUUCAGUACAAAGAAUCGAGAGGCAUCGUUUGAAAAUUUGGAGGGCGUGGCUUUGAAGAGAUCUGAGGCCAAGCUCAAGUCCGCCCAUGGUUACUCGAGAACAUCCCACGACGAAGUCAAGGGGGAGAUCAAGCGGUACGAGGAAGCGGUAGAGCUCCUCAGCUCGCACCGAGACGCGCACCCUCCGACGGGGCCGGCGAUGACGGAGAACCCGGCACUCGGGUAG